AUGGCCUAUCACAAAGUGAACGUGGACCAGAGAGCACAGGGACACUCUCCGUACCUUGACAACGAUGAGCUCCAAGCCACGGCGCUGGAACUGGAAUGGGACAUGGAAAAAGAGCUGGAGGAGCCUGGCUUUGACCAUUUCCGACUGGAUGGUGCCGUCCAGCAUCACCUGGGAAACUCACAGAGCCCUGACCUUGAUCUCGAGCCCAUCCAGCCUUCAUCUUCUCCAAAGGGAAGAUUCCAGCGGCUUCAGGAAGACCCUGACUACAUCUCACACUAUACGAGACAGGCACCGAAGAGCAACCGCUGCAGUUUUUUUCAGAUACUGAAAGUAUUUUGCACUGCUUUGAUUUUAUUUAUUCUUGGAAUUGUGAUAGGAUAUUAUGCACGCAAGAAAUGCCCUUCUCCCCCAUCAUCUCAAGAACCAAAUAACCCCCAUAUCUACCAUGAAAUCCUCAAGGAAAUCAAAGCUGAAAAUAUUCAACAGAUUUACAGAGAUUUGUUACAGUUUCCUAGAGAAGAUGAUGUAGACAUUGCAAUGAAAAUUCUAGUUCAGUGGACUUCCCAAGGUCUUGAAGAUGUCCAGCUGGUAAAUUAUUCUGUUUUGCUUGACCUACCGGGCUCUUCUUCAAACACAGUAACUCUGAAAAACAGCGGUGAAUGCUUUUAUCCUAGUGGACAGCAAUGCAACAGAGAGACCAAAACGCGUCAUAACCAAGACCUCCUGUACUCGUAUGCAGCUUACUCUGCCAAAGGAACUCUAGAGGCAGAACUUGUUGAUAUCCAGUAUGGGACUGUGGAAGACUUGAUCCGGGUUCAAGCCAUUACAAACGUGACGAAAAAAAUUGCACUUUUGAAGUUAGGACAAUCACCUUUGCUUUAUAAGCUUUCUCUGUUAGAAGAUGCGGGGUUUGGUGGUGUUCUUCUUUACGUUGAUCCUUGUGACUUACCAAAGACUACAGAUCUUACUGAUAAAGCUUUUAUGGUCUCCUUGAACAGCGGAGGAGAUCCAUCAACACCUGGUUAUACCAGUAUUGAUGGAAGCUACAGACAAAAUCGACUGAACCUUACAACACUGUUAGUCCAACCAAUUUCUGCGAUGCUUGCCAAAAAACUUAUUUCUCUACCUGAGGACACUGUCCAACGGGAUAGAUGUAUACCUCUCCAACUGCCAGCUACAGGCAAAAAAAUGAUCAGUCUGAAUAUUCAGUCAGUCACAACUUACAAGACAGUUUCUAAUGUUAUUGGAUAUUUAAAAGGAUCUAUAUUUCCUGACAGAUACAUCAUCGUUGGUAGCCAUCACAACGGUUUGAAUACUUAUGGGGGGCAAGAAUGGGCCAGUAGCACUGCUAUCAUCACGGCAUUUAUACAAGCCUUGAUGUUGAAGGUUAAGAGAGGCUGGAGACCCGACCGGACCAUUGUUUUCUGCUCGUGGGGAGGAACAUCAUUUGGCAACAUUGGUUCAUAUGAAUGGGCUGAGGAUCUCAAGAGAGUUCUUCAAAGAAAUGUUGUGGCUUACGUUAGCCUCCAUAAUCCAGUCAGAGGCAACUCAACUUUACACCCUGUUGCAUCCCCUUCUCUUCAGCAGCUGGCAGCAGAGAGCCAGAGCUUCAACUGUGUGGAAAAACCUAGAUGUCUGGGAUCUAAUGUGAGCUCUGUACAGAUACAGGGAGAUUCCGAUUACUUCAUCAACUACCUUGGAGUACCUGUCACGCAGUUUUCUUAUGAGGACGUGAAAACAUCAGAG